CACUCCCCUUGGCCUUGAGGAGGACAGCCCAAGCCCUCCACAUCCACUAAUCACUAUAGAUUUCCCCCUCAGGUUCUCAUCAACAAAUGUUGUGGCGGGUCAUGGAACGGGCUGCAACCAAGAGUUUAAGGCACAUGGUUGGAAUUUGGAAUUAAAUUUUUUUGAACUGGGUAAUUGAAGAAUCGAUCAAUCGAUGAAGGCUACCCAACAUUUGUUGAUGAGUAUGAAUCGAUCAAUCGAUCAAUCGAUGAAGGCUACCCAACAUUUGUUGAUGAGUAUGAAUCGAUCAAUCGAUCAAUCGAUGAAGGCUACCCAACAUUUGUUGAUGAGUAUGAAUCGAUCAAUCGAUCAAUCGAUCAAUAGAGUCUGAAACGAAAUGAAUGUUACCCAUCUUGAGUGCGCUUGUGGGUCGGAAUUUGGGAUUAAAAUAGAAUGAACUUUGAUUGAGAAUUCGAGAUUUGAGAGAGUUCCUUUGCAUCCAUAGAACAACCUAUAUUAAAACUUUGGGAUUAUGGGUACCUGUUUGAGACCGAAGUGAAAGACUAUCCAUUAUUGGUAGCAACCCAUUAGGCCAUUAGCAGAGCAGAGCUGCAAAGGGGCUAAGGGAGCAAAAACAGAAAAACAGGGUAAGCGGGAUUUAAGACCAUUUAACAAAACAGCACGAGCAGCCGAGCAGGCAGCACCGCCAACAACAGUAAAGUUUAGGUGGGGUCCUGGCACCGGCCUUGGCCUGGACCAGGCUUUGGAUGGCUCGACCCAUGUGCACUCUGUAGGGAAUUGCCUUCCUCCAAUCGCAGCUCAAGGAUUGCAACCAUCGAUAUACAUCGCAAUACAUUAUUCAGGUGAGCAGAUCUCAGGGACACUAUUCUCCUUGCUGAAGAAGUAGGAAUAACUCAGAACUCUCUUUGUAGAUCAGAGAGAUUGAGUAAGAGCUUCUGGUGGGCGGAAACCGCUCUCUUCUUCUUCUUCUUGGUUUCUUGAAAUGGCGUAUCUACUUUUCUCCCUCUAGUUUUGAUCCCUUCCCUUUCUUUCUGUAAACGCUAAAUGACUCUUCCAAAGAAGAGACUUUUCCCUCUCUUCCUCCUUUCUCUCUUCGCUCUUUUCCUUUACUCCUACUAUCACUCAUCUCUCCAUCUGUUCUCCUCUCACAGUUUCAAUUCCAAUCCGACAACCCUUUUCCCUGCUUCCUUAAAUCACCUCCGAAACUCUACUCUGGUCUCUCCAAAUUUCAGUUUCACCAUUAAAGUUCUCGCUUUUGAUCGCAUUAACUCGCUCUCUCGGUGCCUGCAUUCUCUUGCUAAUGCUGAUUAUGGGGAUGACCGGGUGAAUCUCCAUGUGUUCAUCGAUCAUUUUAAGGAGAUCGAUUCAGGAGAAAGGUCUGCGGACUUGGACAAAAAGCUCGAUGAAUCUCAUCGUAUGCUGAAUUUCGUUGAUGGGUUCUCGUGGAAGUUUGGGGAGAAGCUCUUGCAUUAUCGGACAGGGAAUGUUGGUUUGCAGGCACAGUGGCUGGAGGCCUGGUGGCCCUGUUCCGACGAUGAGUUCGUGUUUGUUGUUGAAGAUGAUUUGGAGGUCUCGCCGCUUUAUUAUAAGUUUCUCAAAGGCAUAAUUGUUAAUUAUUACUAUAAUUCUUCAAACUUCAGUCCUUCAAUUUAUGGGGCUUCCUUGCAGAGACCGAGAUUUGUUGCAGGUAAACAUGGGAACAAACUGCAAUUGGACAAUGGAACUCGACUUUUCUUGUAUCAGUUGGUUGGCACAUGGGGUCAGCUUCUAUUUCCAAAGCCCUGGAAAGAGUUCCGUUUGUGGUAUGAUGAACAUAAAGCCAAAAGCAUCAAACCAGUGCUGCAAGGAAUGGUGACAACAGGAUGGUACAAAAAGAUGGGAGAGAGAAUAUGGACUCCUUGGUUCAUUAAAUUCAUACAGUCUCGUGCCUACUUCAAUAUUUACACCAACUUUCUAAAUGAAAGGGCCCUCAGUGUCUCUCACAGGGAUGCUGGUGUUAACUAUGGCAAGACAGCUGGACCAGAUUCAUAUUUGAUAGAAGGAAGUUCUUCUGAUUUGAACCUUUUGGAGAUGCAGCCUUUGAGCAUUCUUAAAUGGUAUGAUUUCUGCUUCAGAGAAGUGUUGCCUGGGAGAGUGGUAACUAAUUUUGAUGAAUUGAGACAUGUACUUCACACUGUGCAGAAACAAAAAUCCAUUAUACUUGUAGGCUUAUUUAGGACACCCCAAACCAUCAUUAGGAAUCUUCUAUGCCACUUUGAGAGACUGGAUAUCCAGAAUUACAUCUUGGUUGGCCCUGAAUCUGAGUUCUUACAUGAUCUUGCAAGGAGAGGAAAUCCUGUAAUCAGUGCACAGAAGUUACUUAAUGAUAUCAGAGGUCAUAAGGUGAUGGAUUUUCAAGGAUCAGAUGCAGAAUUGAUUAGUGAAGUUUUGGUUAAGGCCUAUGUAGUAAAAAGGUGUCUUGAUUCUAGUUACAAUUCUUGGGUUAUAAAUGGAGAUAUGGUCCCACUUAAAAGUGAUUUAUUUUCUGAUGCAAACGAGCAGUUGUAUGAUUUCUCUGCAGGAAGGGACUCAGAUAUUCUGUUUGUUAAGGGUUCAUCAACUGCUUCAGGGAUUUGGAUUGAUGAUUUUAUUUACAAGGUCGCAGAAAUGGCAAAUUCUUUAAGGGGCGGAGGUUUUCCUUCUAAAAGUCACUUGCAUUUUGAGGGUAUUGCUGCAAAAUCCUUGGAAGAGCAUGGAGUCAGGAUUAAGAGGUUGGAUGAAAUGAGCUUCGCUAUGAAAGUUGAAACAGGUAAUACAAAUCAAACUGUGGCUGAGGACAGGAAAAGGAUAAUCUUUUGGUCUUCUGAGAUGGAUUUGGAUAAUAUUCAAAAGAGGCUUGAAGACUUGGGUAUGUGGAUAGUAGAUGGUGACUCUUCUUGCACAGCUGUUGUCUGCCAUCAGUCAUAGAAUUUGAAUAUAUUUCUGGCUGUAAUUUGUCUUCUUUAUGAUUAUCAUGCAUGAUGCAUAUUCAUUUAUUCAUGGAAGAUAGGAGUUCUUGGCAGUUAUCAAGUCUGUUUUCCAGGAUUGUGGCCUGUUGCAACUAUUUUAACAUUUUUUAGAUGCCCAAGCAGUAAACUGAUAAAGAAAAGAAGAGAAAAAUAAACAUGCAGGGUUUGUUUAUUUUUCAAUCCAUCUGAUUUUACAGACUCCCUUCUCUGCCAGAUUAAUUUGUCUGUGCAAUAUUAUGAAAGGCAUGGAAAAAUUGGGAUAGAGGCUUUAUCUUAGUUCAUUGAUCUCUUUCAUUACCUCACCGGAUGAAGGCCAGUGCUAUUUGAGUUAUUUCUUUACCAAACCAUUUGACAAGUUGAAUGUUGGCCUACUCCAUCUGUUAGGAAUCAGAUGUGGAUGCCAGAAUGAUGAAGCCCAAAAACCAGAGGUUCAAUUUUUAUUUAAGUCAAAGCUGCUUAAUGUUCCGGUGCUUGAGAAACUGACAUGGUGAAAACAAAGCCAGCAAAUUGAUGAGUAACUUCAUAACUAAGCAAUCUUUCUUUACCUCCCUCUGUUGUUUUGGCAUUUCAUGUAAAUUCAUAUGGGGACAGUCUCUGUUGAACUGACACAGUGGAACUCAUAUUUGAUCAUUUUGUUCUUGUAAUUGUUUCCCUUAAGUGCAGUUAGUCUGACUAUAUAGAAGCUCUUUUUUUAAUUUGUUA